CAGCUCGUCCCACAUCCGUAUUUACGGAAGAUGGCAACCCAAAUGGAGCGCGGUGUUCCCUUAAGUGUGCUCUGCCCCAAGUUUCUGCAUGCCAACUCUACCAGCCACACCUGGCCCUUCAGCGCCAUUGCUGAACUCAUAGAUAAUGCCUAUGACCCAGAUGUCAGCGCUAAACAGUUCUGGAUUGAUAAGACUGUGAUCAAAGGACAAGAUUGCCUGACCUUCGUGGACAAUGGAAAUGGGCUGACCUAUGAAGCAAUGCUCAAGAUGUUCAGCUUUGGAUACAGUGACAAGAUUGCUGUGAAUGGUCUAGAGCCUAUUGGUAUCUACGGCAAUGGUUUCAAGUCUGGAUCCAUGCGUCUUGGACAAGAUGCCAUUGUAUUCUCCAAAUCGGAGAAGGCCUCUUGUGUUGGGAUGUUCUCCCAGUCCUACCUGAAGGAGAUUGGUGCUGAGCAGAUCAUUGUACCUAUAGUCAGUUUCGAACUGACAGAGCAAGACAAGAAUAUCCUUUAUUUAGAGCAACACAAAGCCAGUCUGAAGGACAUCCUACGCUAUUCCCCAUUCAAAACACAAGCGGAACUUCUUACUGAGAUCAGGGCCAUCAACUCCACCUGCUCCACAGGGACCACCGGGACACGAAUCAUCAUCUGGAAUCUCCGCAAGACAUCCACUGGAUUGACAGAGUUUGAUUUUAUGAAGGACUGUUAUGACAUCCAAAUUUCAUCUGAAGUCUACGAGGCAAUAAAUGAUAAACCCCAACCAGAAAGGACCACAUCAUCCAUCCCUGAGAGUGAAUACUCAUUGCGAGCAUACUGCAGUAUUCUGUAUCUGAAGCCUCGGAUGCAGAUCAUCAUACGUGGUCAGAAAGUGAAGACUCAGCUCAUCUCUAAGAGUCUUGCCUACAUUGCAAAGGACUACUACAGGCCCACAUUUGUUACCAAACGAAUACCUAUCACGUUUGGGUACAACACCAAGAGCAAAGACCAGUAUGGUAUUAUGAUGUAUCACAAAAAUCGUCUAAUUAAAGCCUAUGAACGUGUGGGCUGCCAGCUCAAGGCAAACAUCUCAGGACUCGGGGUCAUUGGGGUCAUAGAGUGUAACUUCCUGGAUCUUUCACAAAGCAAAGAGAAUUUUGACAACACUGAUAAAUACAGGAAAACCAUCACCAGCUUGGGGAUCAAGCUGGAGGAGUACUGGAAAGAAAUCCGCUUCAAGAGAAAUAAAGAGGAUCCAAACAGCAUACCAGUGGAAGAUACCAUGAAGCGACCAGAUCAAAACUGGGCGCAGUGUGAUGAAUGUUUGCGCUGGCGCAAACUCCCUGAUGGGAUCGACUGCAGUUUACUGCCAGAAAAAUGGUUAUGCCACAUGAAUCCUGAUCCUCAGUUCAGGAGUUGCGUGGUAGACGAGGAGCCUGAGGACUCUGAUGAUGACCGGCCUUCAUACCGGAAGACCUACAAACAGCAAGAAAGGGAGGAAAAACUGAAACAAGAGAGGAAAAGAAAAAGGACUGAGGAGGAUAUAGCUAAUCUUGCCAAACAAAAUGAGGAUCUUCGAAAGGAGCGCGAAGCUCUGAAACGGAAGUUGAAUGAAAAGACUGUCAGCCCUCUUGCCUCUCCUCGCAAUACACCAAGGAGCAGUCUACAGGGGGGUGCUGCUAGGGCUAAAUCCUCUUCCAUCGUGUUGUCAACCCUCUCACAAGCUGCUUGCAGCCCCUCUAGCAGCAGCAGUCUUCCAAAAAUUUCUAGUGUACAUUCUCUGUCAACACCACCAAGGUAAGACUCACUGUUUGCUGUGUUUCUGAACUUCUCUUUACCCAAAGACUUUUAUUGAGGAGGCCAGUUAAAUAAAUCCUUUGUGUACACUGCAGGAUUAAAAUAACACCAGCUGAGACUCUAAAAAGACCCAGAA